AGGUCAUUAAAAGUUCAACCCGGAUGAUAUCAUCUUGAGAUGCGAAACCAAAUUAAUGGUAUGAAGUAAGUGUUAUCGCCAUUGUUUGAAGUAUAUCUUUACCUUUAGUGAAACAAAGAAAUACCACAAAAACAAAGAAACAAACAAUAACCUAACGCUACUGGAUUUUGUGAGAUCUGUGUUUGUGCCACGCGUGACGACUCUCCCAACACGGUCACUCGCUUCUCUCUGAAAGAAACUCAAAGAGUCAUAAUCUCCAUUAGAAGCUAUGAUGUUGUGCGUACAAGCACACAUAGCACACCACACAUCCAAACGGUGUGCAUUGAAACAAAGAAAACCAAUCAGAAGCCAAGGAGCCGGUACACAUAGAUCAAAAUCAACCAUAAUAUUACAAAAAAAAAAAACAAUAUUUUAAAUAUAGAGGACAGCAAACGAAGUACGAAACAAUAAUUGAACUAUCUCUCACGUUACACCAAUACAAAGCAAACACUCACGAAUCACGAUCAAUCUCACACUCUCACAUGGAAAUCAAACACACGGAAGCAAACAGCAACAGAGAAGAUGUAUCGUAUUCGCAGAUUUAGGGAAUAACUUUUUCCUCAUUACACUAUAACGAAAGCAAAAAAACAUAUAUUACGUGUUACUACUAUUUCGAUUUGCAAAGGAAUCAGAUUACACGCAAAGCAAAACCCUACAAUAAAGGAAAACGUCUUUAACUUUCCAAAGUAUGUCUGUUACAUAUAUUUUUUCCUGCAAUUGAGUGGUAUUCUUCCUUUUUCGUCGUCAAUAUAUGAAAAAAGUGAAAAUUACAAAAAUAAUCUUAUAUUAAUUAUAGCAAAAACACACAAAACAGUUCUUCUAUUUAAUGUGUAUCGUAAGAGCAAGAAAAAGAAAACGAAAAUGUUAGCAGUCAGAGCAGGAACUGGGUUUAAAACAAAAACUGAAGAAAGAGAAAUAGAGAGGGAUUAUAUAGUGUACACAUAAACUCAUUGAAAUACAAACAACAACAACAGCAGACAAAGAAAUUGAACGGAGCGAAAAAGCUACAUUAUUCAAUUGUAAUCAUAAUCGGAAAAACACGAAAAUAGAAGAGGAAGUGAAACAAAUAACUACGAUAAUAAAUUUUUCAUUGCGCCAGUUAUACUCAACCUGAAAGUCUAAAAACAUAAUAUGAUCGUUGUCUGUGUGUUCUGUUUGUAAAAUCAUGUCCGAAUAAUUCCCUUUUCGUUUCGAUUUUUUGCAGGUGUACAAUCCUACUGGCAGUAUGAUGAAAAAUGAUAUCCAGAAAAAUGAUAUCACUGCCACGAACGUAUCACCUAUUAACGUAGCAGUUGAUUGCUAUAGCAGAGAUCGUGCUGGCAUUUUAGGUAAGUAGUGUUUUGUUUAUUGGUUUGCUAUAUUAUAUUCAACCAACGAAAGUUAAAGUUGAGUUUUCGUGAAGUGUUAAAGAUCUCCGCAUACCUGGCCCCGUGGGUAAAUCAGAAUCACCUUGAAAUGGUACGUUACGGCGAAGCACAGAAAAACAGACGUCCCACUCCGGCCGCUUCCCAUCGAACACCUUUUUAACGGGUGAUUCAAAUUUUCGGUAGUUGGUCAAUAGACCACUCGCGGCCACCUAGUGUUGGCCCGACCAGCCACAAUACGUUUAGCAUUGAGCAGUCAAGGGUCCAAAAAUGCCCUCUGCCUUGGAAGCGCUCUCAAAAAUCAAUUGUUAAUCGAUUUUCAAUCUUGUGGCCUAAAACGAAAGAUAUGUGUUUCUAAAAUGAGCCAGUCUUGGCAUAUUGUCAAUAUUUGGACACAAAGACACCCGGAUCCGAUUCCGGGACGAACCGUAUUCAGAAUUUCAUACCUAAAUAUGAUAUAACGCGCUGCAACGGUUCAAGUUUUCCAAUUUUUUAUCAAGCUAACAGCAUCAGCAUUAUUUUGACUAUGAAUAUACAAUAUACUUCAACAUAAAUAGAUCGGCCUAUAUUAAUGGUUGAGAAAUUUGGACACAAGAAACGAAGAAUCAUAACUGUUCAUAAUUAUGGCUGUGUCAAUGCCUGUGCAAGUGCCAGAUAAUAAUCUGGGGAUGUAUUCCUGAAGCAACAGCAAUACGCAUUUCUGAAGCAAUCCCUUGCGGGUACUGCUGGGUAUUAUUGAAGAAAUUCAUAAAUAAAGGGCAUUCCUGAAAGAAUUGGUGGAUGAACUGGUGAAAGAUUUCUUGGAGAAAGUUGUAAAAUAAUUCUUAGAUGAAAUCCUCUGGAGGAACUUCUGGCUCCUCCAUCACUGUAAAAAUAACUAAAAAAAUCCUAGACAAAUCGCUGAAGGAAAAUCGGUAGAAAUCCUGGAAUGAUGGAAAUGAUAAUAGAAGGAUGAAACAAUUUCUUAAAUUUAUUGAAUAAUAACAGAAAGAAUUCUAGGAAGAAAAAUUCCUGAAAGAAUCCCUGAAGGAAUUUCUAAAGGAAACCGUGGACGAAUUCCUAGAGGAAUCCCUGGAGGAUUUCCUAGAAUAAUCGCUGAAGGAGUUCCCAGAUGAAUAGCUGAUUGAAUUGCUAAAGUAAUUCCUCGAGAAGUUCCUGAAAGAAUUCCUGGAGGAAAUCUCGGAGGAAUUUCUGAAGGAAUCCCCGAAGACAUUGAUAGAGGCACUUCUGUAAAAAUCGCGUGACGACCCGUGUUGGCGCUGACGCUUUCCAAGCCUGCCCGCAGGAUGGAUUCCUGAAGGAACUCUUGGAUGAAGCCCUGGAAGAAUUCCUGGAUGAGUUCCUGGAAGAAUCUCUGGAGGAAUUCCUGGAGAAAUUUUUGGAUGAAUUCCUGGAGGUAUCCCUGGAGAAAUUUCUGGAGGAAUUUCUCAAGGAAUAUCUGGAGGAAUUUCUGGAGAAAUGGUGAAGGAUAGAUUCCUGCAGCAACCCCUGUACGAAUUCAUGAAUGAAUCUCUUUAGGAACUCUUGAAGGAAUCCCUGGAGGAACCUUUGGAAGAAUUCCUAGAUGAGUUCCUGGAAGAAUCCCCUGAGGAAUUCCUGGAGAAAUUCGUGGAUGAAUUCCUCGAGGAAUCCCCGAAGGAGUCUUUUGAGUAAUUCCUGGAGAUAUCCCUGGAGGAAUUUCUGAAGGAAUCCCUGGAGGUAUUCCUCGAAAAAAAAUAUCUGGAGGAAUUCCUGGAGAAAUCUCUGGAGGAAUCCUUGAAGGAAUCCCUAGAGGAAUUCCUGAAUAAAUAUCUGGAGGAAUUUCUAGAGAAAUCCUGCAGGAUGGAUUCCAGCAGCAAUCCCUGUAGGAAUUCCUGAAGGAAUUCCUAGAGGAACUCUUGGAGGAAGCCCUGGAGAAAUACCUGGAUGUGUUCCUGGAAAUAUCCCUGGAGGAAUUCUUGGCGAAAUUCGUGGAUGAAUUUCUAGAGGAAACUCUGCAGGGAUUCCUGGAGUAAACUCUGAAAGAAUCCCUGGAGAAAUUUCUGGAGGUAAUAUUGGAUAAAUAACUGGUGGAAUUCCUGGAGAAAUCUCUAAAGGAAUCCCUGGAGAAAUUUCUGGAAGAAUUUCUGGAAAAAUUCUGCAGGAUGGAUUCCUGCAGCAAUAUCUGUAGGAGGAAGGAAUCCCUGGAAGAACUCCUGGAGGAAGCCCUGGAGAAAUUCCUGGAUUUAACCCUGAUACAAAAAUCGUGUAGAAAUCUCUGAAGGAAUCCCUGAAUGAGUCCCUGGAGGAAUUCCUGAGGGAAUCCCUUCAUGAAUUCCUGAGAGAAUCCAUGGAGGAAUUCAUGAAUAAACCCCAGAAGAAAUUCGAGAAAGAAUUUUUUGAAGAAUAUCAGGAUAGAAUUGUAAACAAAUCCGUGGAAGAAUUUCUAAAGAAAACUCUGGUAAACAUUCUGAAAAAAACCAUGUCUGCAGUAAUUUCUUCACGAGUUAUUGGAACAAUUACUUGAAAACGUCCUUAAGGAUUCUUUGUAGUCAUUUUUAAAGGAAUUUCUGGAUUAAUUUUAGGAUUUUUUUUUGAUAGAACUUUUGAAAGAAUUCCUGGAAAAAAUAUGCAGAAAUAUUUAAAAUUGGAUUAAUUUCUAGUGAAAUUCUUGAAGGAGUGCAUGAAGUAAUCACCGAAGAAAUCUCUGAGGGAAUACCUGAAGAAAUAUCUAAAUGAAUUUCGGGUGGAACUUUUUAGGAAUCCCUGGAAUUCUUGAAGCAGUCCUCGAAAAAGGCACUGAACAGGAACGCACUAGAGCAAACUCUAGACUACAAGCAACCCUGGAAGAAUUCCCGGAGGAAUGUCUAGUGAAAUCCGCAAUAGAAUUCUUAAAGGAUUUUCUGAAUAAUUCCGUGGAGGAAUCACUGAAAGAAGCCAUAGAAAAAUUCCUGGGAAAACUCUUCGAUGCAUCCUUGCAGAAGGCUCUGCAAGAACGUCUGCUAGAGGCAUCGUGGAUGGAAUUCUUGAAAUAUUUUUCGGAACAAGCCCUAAAACAAUCACUAUCGGAACCACGCAAGACAGUCUUAAAGGGAUUCAUUAAGAAGAAAUUCCUGGAAAAGUCCCUCGAAAAAUUCUUCACGGAUCCCUGAAACAAUUUGUGGAGAAAUACCUGGCGAAACUUUUAAGGUGUUCCUGGACGCAUUUAUAUAUAAAAAAAAUCCAAGUUUUUUUUUGCUCUUACGCACAUUGGGCAACUUCGUUGUCGAGAAUUAUUACUGAUGGACACACCCAGAAGAUCUUGAUAAGAUUUACUUAGAAUUCCUUCAGAAAUUCCUCUUGGGGUUUUGACAAGAGUUUCUUCUAAGGUUAUCAAAAGCUCUUGACAGUAUUCCCAGGAUUCUUACAGAGAUUGUUUUCCUGGCUUUCUCUUUUUUUUCUAGAUUUUUACGGUAUUAUUCCUAGGAUGGAAUUCCCAAAGGAUUCGAAUCGCAGAAAAAGUAGAAGUUCCCGGAGAAAUCUAUGAAGGAAUUCAUGGAAGGAGUUCCCGAAAAAAAAUCCUAGAAGUAGUUCCUGGAGGAAUCCCGGAAGCGAGCCUCGAAGGAAAUCUUUGCAAGGUUGCAACCAUUCAUUUGCAAAAAUUUACAUUCAUUUGCUAUUAUCUCAGUUCAGAAGCAUGCUAUCGAAAAACAAUGUAUGGAUGAAUUUAACCUUGUAGUUUUAUCUGAAAGUUUGCCGAAUAACAUUGGGGUCGCACACGCAUUCCAAAGUCGUGAGCGAGCUGUGAAGGCAACUUUCCACAGCGUGAAUGAAAUUUAUAUUCACCGCGUGGAGAGUUGCCUUCACAGCUCGCUCACGACUUUGGAAUGCGUGUGCGACCCCAAUGUUAUUCGGCAAACUUUCAGAUAAAACUACAAGGUUAAAUUCAUCCAUACAUUGUUUUUCGAUAGCAUGCUUCUGAACUGAGAUAAUAGCAAAUGAAUGUAAAUCUUUGCAAAUGAAUGGUCGCAACCUUGUCUUUUAGCAGAAGUAAUUUCUGCAAUGUUCCUAAAAGAAUUCCGGAAGGAGCUCCUGGAGGGAUCCCGGAGAAGAUUUUGGAGGAAUACUAAAGGAAGUUCUCGUCAGGUUUCUUGUAAGUUUCCUGGAACGAUCUCAGAAAGAAUCCCCGAAGAAGUCCCUGAUGAAACUGCAGGAUCUCGUAUGGAAUUUCUUAACGGAAUCCCUGACACUGAAUUUUGGAAGGAGUUUCGGAAGAAAUUUCGGGAAGAAUUCCUGAAGCAAUCUCCGUAAGUACUCCUAGAGGCAUCCCAAUUGAAAUUACUCGAAUUUACAGAAAUACUACUCAUUGAAAAAUCACGGAAGAGAUCUCAUAAUGUUCCAGAAGGAAUCCUGGAAGGAGUUUCUGGUGGAAUCUCAGAAGAGAUCUCAGAGGAUAUUUCUGAAGGAACCCGAGAAAGAAUCUAAGAUGGAGUUCCCUGAUGAAUCGCAGAAGGAAAUCCUAGAGGGAUCCUAGAGUAAAUUUGUGACGAAACCACGGAUAAAUUUCCUGGAGGAAUCUCAGGAAAAUUUGCUGGGGUAAUCCUAGAAAGAACUCCUGAAGGAAUCUUGCAAUUAAUUUGUAGAGAAACUUCGGAAGGAAUUUUGAAGGAAUCUAGGAACGCCUGAACUUAUCUCAAAAUGCAUUUCUUAAGAAAUCCCACAAAGGUUCUCUGAAAAAAUCCCGCGAGAACUCCCUCGAGGAAUCCCUCGAGGGGCAAAAAGGUGCAGAUGAGGAUACCCUUAUCAGAAAGCUUUCAAAUAAGGGUUAGUUUGGACUCAUGACCAUAAUAAAAAUUGUUCAUACUACGAUUUAACUGCAUUCAAAUCUACGUUGACAGUAGAAUUCAUGGCUACUAUGAUGAAAUAUAAGUUAAAUCCUCUUUCGGUAUGCUGUCCCCAUUCGCACUACAGUCCCAUGUCAAUAGGAAACCCAGCAAAUACGAACUGCGAAUCGUGGCUGUAAGGCACUUUUCGAAUUUUGUUUUUCAUAUAAGCGUGGGUCACCCUAAUUGACAGCUUCGUAAAUUUAUCGCAUAUCAUUUUGUUCCAUACUGUUUUGUGCCUCAGUAAUGACACUUUCCUCAAACUGCUUUUUCCACCGGCCGUGAAUUCUUUCCUACCGUGAAUUCUUUACUACUCCUCAUCGAACCAACCGUUUCUGGAUCGUCUUUCAGCAGUACCUAUCAUUCUUCGCAUUGGUGUGCUCACACUGCUCUGUGGAUAUAGAUUUCGACAGAUGGGUGAGGUUGUCCACUAUGUUGAUUUCUCUUAUCGGCUCAUCCAGUUUCAGGCUCUAUUAAUUGUUGGAGUAGAGUAGUGACAGCCCCCCUGGUAAGGAUGAAUGUUAUAUGACAGAUGUAGUGUGUAAGUAUGUGUUUGAUUGACGAAGCGUAAUCGCUGACAUGUUAUGAACUUGUGUGAUGUAUUUUUCAGUCCGUACUAAUCCAUCAAUGUAAAUAGACGAUGUUGAAACUGUAGUCCGUGUAGUUUACUUCCGACGAAUCACAUAUCGCGGGAUGGUAAUCAAUUAACCGGUCGAUCGCCUCGGUUGAUCUUGUCCGCUGCGCUGAGAUACCCAACAGGUUAUGGGCCCAGCACGCUUCCACUGCGCGUUUGUGUGAAGAGCGAUUUGAGAGUUUGGAAGAACGCUGCACAAUGGUCCAAAAGUGUGGUUUUGAGUGACGAAAAAAAAAAAAUAAUUGAGAAAUGGCAGAAGCAAAAGUGGCACUUGAUCGUUUGAAUGACACCAACUGGUCGACGUGGAGGUUCCGAAUGGAACUAUUGCUGAUGCGGGAAGAUCUGUGGACGAUUGUCAAGGAUCCCAAACCAGAUCCAGUGGACGUGACAUCAGCAUGGAAUAGGAAAGAUGAGAAGGCACGAGCGUUGAUCGGUUUGGCGCUUGAGGAUAGUCAGUUGGUGCACAUUAUGAAAGCUACAACGGCGAAGGAUAUGUGGGAAAAGCUCAAGGCCUACCAUGAGAGAGGAUCGUUAUCAAACAAGAUUCAUGUUUUACGGCGGCUAUGUUCGAUGCGGUUGAAGGAAGAAGAAAGCAUGUCGGAUCACCUGACGGAGGCCUCGGAGCUGGUCCAUCGUCUGGCCAGAAUGGGUGAGUCUCUCAAGGAACAUUUGGUUGUAGCGAUUCUACUAUCCAGUCUGCCAGAAUCGUACAACCCGCUUGUGACCGCCUUGGAAGGACGCCCGGAAGAAGAUCUCAAGUUGGAUUAUGUUAAAGGGAAACUUUUGGAUGACUGGCGAAGAAGAAGCGAAAAUCGAAACGAGAAGAGCGACCCGGAAAAGGCUAUGAAAUCUACAGUGGAAGGUGAAAAGCGGAGGAGUUUUGUUCGGAGGUGCUACUACUGCGGACGUGAAGGGCAUUUCCAACGAAACUGUCCUGUUUUGUUGGAGGAAGUGAAGGCUAGUGUAGAAAAGCAGAACAAAGCGAAGACGACAAGUGUAAGGCAUCCGCAUACGGAAAAUGAAGGUGAUGGUCGUGGAGUAUGCUUCACGAUGACGACUAGGAGUUGUGAGUCUGUAGGAGAAUGGAUCGUCGACACAGGAUGUACGAAGCACAUGACAAAUUCGACUGGUGGAAUCCAUGUGCUAAAGAAGUAUUGUUAGCAGAUGGGAAAACUGUGAAAGCGAAAGGUAGCGGUACAGGAAGGAUCACAACAAGCGGGGUGAAUGGCGAGGAAGUCGAUGUAACGCUGAAAGAAGUCUUGUACGUGCCCGGAUUAUCCAGGAAGGUGCUAUCGGUCAGUCGGAUCACGGAGGAAGGUUAUACGGUUGUCUUUGGCCAGAAGGACUUCCGUAUUAUGGAUGGAGCGACGGUGCUCGCCGUAGGCAAAAAGAGUGGUGGGCUCUACUAUUUGUGUUAACAUUUUGAUGAUUUGAAAUCAGUUUUGAGUCAGGAGGAGUUGACGUUAUGUCAGUAAUAUGAUAUGGGGGCUGCACUAAGGAGGAGUGUUGGAGUAGAGUAGUGACAGCCCCCCUGGUAAGGAUGAAUGUUAUAUGACAGAUGUAGUGUGUAUGUAUGUGUUUGAUUGACGAAGCGUAAUCGCUGACAUGUUAUGAACUUGUGUGAUGUAUUUUUCAGUCCGUACUAAUCCAUCAAUGUAAAUAGACGAUGUUGAAACUGUAGUCCGUGUAGUUUACUUCCGACGAAUCACAUAUCACGGGAUGGUAAUCAAUUAACCGGUCGAUCGCCUCGGUUGUUCUUGUCCGCUGCGCUGAGAUACCCAACAUUAAUCUCCCACACUUUCUACUGGGAAACGCUGGUUAUUUAAUCGUAAAUGUCGCUGAAUUCAUGAGUUCUCCAUGGUUGAUAACCAUACUACCAUAGACUAACUUGAAACCUGGAAGUGCCUAAGAAAGCCAUUGAAUUUUAUGUGUCCAAUCAGGUAGGGUAAAUCGGGGUAAUUUGGCCACCUUAAGCAAAAGUCGAUUGAAGAUGCAGAAAACAACGUUGAAUCUCUCGCACAUCGUAUGGUCAGAAUGUUUCUGAUAAUACUAUACUAGUUGCAUAAAAAUAUCAUAGUCUAAUCGUGUUUAUAUGCCAAAAAAUGAUUUUUGAAAAAAGUGUUGUUUCUGCGUCGAUUUUGAACCGUCGGGGUAAUAUGAGCACCCUAUUUUAAACAGGGUGUCUCCUACCUGGAAAAACCUGGAAAACCGGGAAUCCUCAGGGAGUUAUAUUUAACAGGGAAAAACCUGGAAAACUCAGGGAAUGUUUUGAAUACUCAGGGAAAUUUUGCAUCGAUGGAAAAAACAAUAAAACAUUGAGUCGUGUGAAUAAAAAGAAGCGAAUUUUAUUACUUAUAGAUCCACUCAAAAAUAAAGUCCCACAGAGUUUACUACAUCAUGAAUCUGAAUAAAAAGUUUUCUAUUAUGUAGUGAUAGUGUAUCCAUAUAGAAAAUCGGCUACAACGGUUUUCUGUCAGGGUUUUUUUGGAAUUUCUUUGGAAAUACCUUUUAAAUUCCUUGAUUCUUGAUUCUUCUUGAUUCCUUCCCUAUUUUUUACGACAUUUGGCUUGGUAUUCCUUUUUGAACUCCUUCCGGAUUACUACCAGCAUUUUUCCAAUAUUCUUUCCGGGAUUCUUCCUUGAGAAUCUUCUAGGAUUCCGGAAUUCCGAUGGAAUUCUUACAUAUAGAAUUUCAUAUCAUACAGAUUAUACAGAAUUUCUCUAGAGAUUUUCCCAGUAUUGCUCCCAGAGAUCCCGUGGCAUUCUACCAGGAUUUAUCCCGAGAUCUCCACAAGAGUUUAUCUUACGAUAAACCGCAGAUGUUGUCGCGGAAUUUCUGUUAGUGUUUCCCUCGGGAUUCCUCUUGAAGGUGUUAUUCCUGGGAUUUAUGCUAAAGCUCCUCCAACGGUUUUAAGAAGUUUUUCACAAAUUUUCUGUAGGAAUUCCUUCCGGGAUUUCUUCCGAAGUCUGCCCUGUGAUUUCUUCAAGAAAUUUCUCUUUCUUCUAGAGUUUCUCUUUGGAUUUCUACAGAAGUUUUAGCGGAUAUAUUUUCCAAAUGUUCUCACGGGAUUUCUUUUGAGAUUUUUCUCGAAGCUUCUGAGAGAAAGAUUCCUUCCGGUGUUGAUCAUGGGAUAUCUCUCAGAGUUUUUUUCAGAAUUCAUCCUAGACUUUCUCCUACGAUGUUUUAGAGAGUCUUCUGGAAUUUCUACAGAAGUUACUGCUGAUACCUAUCAUGGAGUUCGUGCCAUAUUUAUUUUUUCGGAUAUUUACUAAGGCUUUUCUAUAUAGUUGACGAACUAAUUUCUUUCAUAGAUCCAUCUGACAUUAUUUUCCUACAGAUUUUCUCGGGAUUAUUCCCAGAGCUCUUCCCGGAAUCUCUACCAGAAAUUAUCCCGAGAUUCUGGAUGCUCCUAUUUGGGACCUUUUUUUAAUUGUCCCCGGAGUUCUUGCAGGAUUUUUUCAAAUAGUUUUUUUACAAUAUUUCCUGGGAUAACUUACGAGAUUUCUUGUAAGAAAUUUCCGGAGAAAUAUUCUUUAUAUCGGUCAAAUUUAGCGAUUUUUUUUAGAGAAAUCUCGAGAGGAAGAAAUCCUGAGAGAAACUGGGGCAUCUCGAAAAAAAAAGUUCUGGGGCUAAUCCCAGGACGAAAUAUUAGGGAAAUUUAAGGAGGAACUCUAAAAACAUCUAAAAGUAUUCCCGGGAGAAACUAUGUGUGAAAUCCCGUAAGUAAAUCCACUAGAAAUAUUUUAAAACUGUUUCCGAAAGAACUUCUGCGAAAAUCCUGUUUCUGGAAGAACUUCUUUGAAACAUUUUGGAAAGAUCUCCGGUAGGAAUCCAGUGAGAAACUCUGGAAGUAAGUCCUGGGUUCAUAGUCUAGCGGAGACCUCGUAAAAAACCUGAAAUCGUGGAAAAUCUGGGAAGGAGCUAUUUAUGUAAGCAAAUACGUAAACACCUAAUGGGAAAACAGGAAAAAGCCAGAAAACAAAAAUCUUCGAUAAUUUCACGGAAAAACGGCGAGAAACUGGAAAUGAAUUUGAAGGAGGAAUCAUGGGUUGUAUUUCGAAAUCUCAACAUCACUACACCACCAGCACAGAGUACAAUCAUCCAAGUUCAAAUUCAAAACUGUGUUUGGAAUUCAACGGUCAUAUAGCUAGUCUGUGCAAUUACUCACUGAACCCUGAAUGUUUUUUUCUGAUUUUCUAGAGUAUUUGGAUGUCAUUGUAAGUGGAAGUGUCGAAGAAAUUACUUGCAAUCAACCCAAGAGAACGUUGGAAAAAGUUUAGAAAUAUUCCUCAACCGAUUUAUGCAAUAUAUACGAAAGAGUUUUGUUAAACAGUUCUUAAAAUAAUUCAGCGAUUUGGUGAAACCAUUUGGAUAAUAAAUCUUGCGCAUUUCUUCUUAAAAUGUUUACCUUAAGUUUUGGUGAUAUACCUGUGUAGUUUUUGAGAAGUAUAUAAAUUUAAUAAAAUUGGAGCUAAUUUUUUAUUUAUCAACAUUUAAAAUUUCACCCUGGAAAAACCUGAAAAACUCAGGGAAUUUUAUUUUGUCUUAUUAUAGACACCCUGUUAAAUGAAGAAUUUAUAUCGUCUAAUACAAUACAAACUUAAUAUGCUUCACUUGAUAUUGAAUCAUAUAGUGUAACGGUUGUGGAGUGCACACAACGUACAGCAGUUUAAGCGCCACUCUCGGGUUAGAGAGACUGCUGACGCUUUUCACAGGUCCGGCUAGGAGACUCUGUCCAAGGGCGAGUUUUAGAAGUGGCUCAAACACUCAGUCCUAUCUGACAAACCCAAGCAGAAGCACCAACGAAUUAUGAUCAAGAAAAAGGAUAUCCGAAUAAAAAUUAACGAAAAUAUAAACUAUUAAAACGAUCAAUCAAUUCAAUGACGAAAGCAACUGUAUUCCUGGCCGUAGGGGUUUUAAUUACAAAUUUAGGGCCCUAACUUUGAGCUCAAAGUACCUUAACUAUGACUUACGAUUUUACAAGAUUUGUUCUGGUGAUGGGUGCCGAGGAGAUGCUGGUCGUGUAGCACAGAGUUUGGUCGCGCGACGCAAUGCACCCGAGGUGACGGUAUCUCGGAACGGGGGUGUCGCGUGGUGGCGAAAGAAUCACUCGGAAUGUCGCAGGGUAUCUCCGUGAGCGUCUACCAUGCGCUGCGACGAGCGGGUGAUGAUCGAGAGAGGAUGCAGCGAAGCCGGCUUGGCUAUCGAACACUACACGCGUGACACGUCCUGGAACCAGGCUUGACAGAAACUCACUCGCGAGAAAAUGAGGAAGCGAUUUUGGCGUUUUUCUGAGGAGUUAAAAUAAAACUCAGAAAUCACAACGCAAAUCCUCAACAGCACCGAGCGCGAGCUUGCCGCGCAGCGAGGAGUUCGUCCAACACUCAUAAUUGCUUGUUGUGUUUCUCACGUCCACUCACACUCAAAAAGCUCUCGCGAGUUCCACUCCCAUACAAAGAAAGACUCUCGAGGCGAAAAUCGCACUCAAAAACCCGAAAUAAUCAUCGGCUCUUUUUUUGUUCCGCUCUUCCUCGCUCAGUUUUUAUUACCUCUCUGUUUGGGGUUCGUUCGCUCCCUCGCGACGAGGCAAAAGCAAAACACCGCUCUAGAUCAUGUUGCAAAACUCUUUUGAUUUCGAGGAGGAUUAUCAAGCCUGCCUGGAACAAGCUCUGCGCGUCUGACGGUCGGUUGAUGGAGCCGCUUGGUAUCACGUUCUUAUCACUGCCGUUCACGUGGCAGAUGGGGCGUGAGCACGAGUGGAGGCACACAGAUCGACUCCACGAAUCCGUCGCAGGAAUUUGGAUUCUUGACCAGGCGCGUGCUCGGUGCUCGGUGCGGGGCGUCUCGCUCACUUUGUGGGUUUGUAGAAUCGAAGAAAAAAAAAACCCUUCGUUGAAGGGAAAGCUACCCAACAACGAUAUUAGGACUCAACUACACAUUUCAAUCACGAAGGAUCUUACCUAUGCUUUUUUGUUUGUUAAUCACGCACGGCGAAUAAUUCCGAAUUGUUCGGAUAGGAUUUCUAAAAUCUGGAAACUAGUACAAAUUCUCGUUUUUGGAACACUAUUUCGACUAGAAAUCUUAAAAUUCUCACCUCACUAUUUAACUUUCAGUAGCACAACUCAACUCAACUUAGAACUGAUCUUUGAUCGUUUUUACCGGUUAACUAGACGGUAUAGCGUAUGACUGGACGUCUGGCUUGCUCUACAUCAAGAAACUGAUUGAUUGCCUCCACACAAAUUUUGCCUCAUGUAGGCCCGCGAGCUAAUUUGCAUAUCGUACGAUAUAUCGGAUGAUCUUUGAUCUACCAAUCAUCAACAGCCACGUGAAGCGUGAUCCGAGCAUUCUCUUUCUAUCUCAGAGUCAAAGCCGCAAACCCUAUUGCGAUCCGUACCGCUGGGGUGUGAGCCAUCUCACGUAGCAGGCACUCUUACUCAAUCCGUUUCGCUCCUGGAAUUUGGGGUUAUCUGAGAGUUUUGAGUGGUGCCAUAAAUUACGAAACGCGAAGGUAUACGCGAAGGUAUAGCAAUCUCCCUUUUUUUUGAGAGCAAGUACUAAAACAUGCUGUCCGUUUUCACGGCGUGUGUAUGGGAAAAGUUUAUAACAAAAAAAUAGGCAUCGUCAAAUUUUUCGCUAUUCAAAAAUAGAGGCUUUCAGCUUUCAUUUGCAGGGUCCCUCAAAAAAAUCCACCGAGGGAUCCCGAACAACUUUUUCAGAAUACUGUUUUUUCCCAUACAAAAUGCACGGUUCCAAAUUAAUCCCUAUUUCUACUUAACAAACAUACCCAAUUUUUGUAUGAAAAAGUUCCCCCGAUGGAAUAUUUCGAUGUUGGGCUUGAAUGAAAGCUGGUAGCGUCAACUUUCACGUAGCGUAAAAAUUAUCGAUGCCCAUUUUUUUGUAAUAAAUUUGUUCUACCAGACACACCGUGUUUUAAUUUUAAUGGGAUUCCUAUGGAAUCACCUGGCAGAUUCGUACAAGUCGUUACAAUAGUAUCAACUUCAAGUAUACAUAAAACAAACUAAUUUGAAAGUUAUCUAAGGUAUUUAAACAAGAGAAGUCUUAUGAGGUGUUUUUGUUCAACCCUCGUCGGGGUAUUUUGGCCAACAAUUUUAAAUUUUAUUUUUCUAAUUCACUAUAAGACUAAAUUGCUUUGUUCUAAUGUUUCAAUCGCUCCAAUAUCAGGCCAGUAUUAGAGCUCCUAGGUGAAUUUCCAAAAAUUACUAGAUUUUAGGUGAUUUUCCAGUGGUGCUCAAAUUGCCCCAUUGGCCAAAUUACCCCGACUACCCCUACGCAAAAAUAUUCAUUAUCGUAGUAUUGAUAACGAGGUAGUGAUCAGAGUCAAUGUUUGGUCCUCUGAAUCUUCAACCCAGCUAUGACUCCCUUAGCAGAUUUUUGCUAAAUAUCCGAGCAUUAGUGCAUAAGCUAUAUGAACUGUAAAAUUUUAUUUCAUAUUUUAUAUCGUCUUGAUUCAUUGUUUUGCCUCAUUUUCCCCACCAAUACAUUGUUCAUAUAAGAAGUGAGUAAACCUCCUUCUAAGCUUUAGUUUGUUUUCCCCUUAUCACCGCCGUUCACCCUCUUAUCUCAAAACAGUCUCAUCCGCGAGUAACUGUAUUUGUACUGCGCUGCACCAGAGCUCUCUCCGACGUUAGGGGUAUAGCUGUCACAUACCGUCGGGAGCCGGUUAGUCGUCUGCUGAUCGUGGUUCGAAUACCAAGCUCUUCCACCAGUGAAAGCGAUUUAGGUAAUUGCUUAAAUUCGCGUUGCAUCUCCAUAGUAUUUUGUGUUUGUGUGCCUUAUUUGCUCCAUCGUUAUCAGACUCCAGAAGAAGAAAAGUGAUAAAACAAUGGCCAGUGAAACUGCUGCCCUUCCAGAAG